AUGGAUCGCAUCAAGCGGGUCAUCAGACCGGGCAGGAUGACCACGACGUCGCCCAAAGUCGUGAGGUGCACGUGGACCGUGAUCGACACUGAGAAGUUGGCGACCGAGAACGCCGCCAUGGACCAGAUUUCGUCAUCGAGGGGGUGCUGGAUGCACAAGGGGUGCAAGGGACACCUAACCGUCGAUGAGGACAUUGGUACGUAUUUGAUACCGUACGGGUACGCUGCAGGGGACGAGCUAGUCCAGUCAGAUGGGUUCGUCGUCAACAAGAUGGUGCUGAGCGGCGACAAGGGAAUGAGCGACGUGGCGGAUUUCUGCUUCAGGAGGUUAUCCGGAAAGAAGGGGAUACUCCGCAAAGCAUGCAAUGGGACCAGGCCAACCAACUCGAUAAGGCUUCUCCUUUCACCACCGAGCGACGGGAUGGAAUGGGGCACCGUGGACUUUCCCAAGCAGGUUGCCGACAAAGAUAGUGCCCUUCCUGUGAAGGUAAGGAUAACGGACGAGGAUACCUUAUCCGUCAGGAUACCCCUGGAGACGUGCAAGCUUAACAACGCGGACUUUAAUAGCGAUAAGGGGUGGUUCAUACUCCCGGCGACGGACGCAUUUAUAGCGGAACUCGAAUCCCAUUGGAAAAGGGUGUGGUAUUCGUCGGGGAUGUCCACGCACGGCGGUGGCGAGAUGUACGACUCCCUGAUGCUGAAGCAGAGAUCGUGGAAGGCGAUGUACGCAACCAUGAAGAGCACCCCGUAUUGGGCCUCGUUCGUGGAGAGAUCUAAAGCCGGGAAAGUCAACACGAUAAUGGGAAGGUUCGGUGUCGCAGGGCCCUACGGCGCUAUAAGGAUGGGAAUGAUGCUCGGCACGACCGUGUCCACCACGAACUCAAUGUUCACAGUAGCAUCUCCGUCCGCGCCUCUCCUCCCUAUCGUGGCAGUACCCCCUGGCACAUCGCCUGUUCUAUGCUCAUCCGCCAUGACGAAGCUGACCAAGAUAAUGUACCAGAGCGGGAUAAACACCUCGAAGCACGAUUCGAAGAGAACCGUACAGGAGUGCGAGGAGUAUGACAAGUUUGCGGAGUUGCACAAUCGCGACAACAGUGAGAUCACACCAUUCUCGCGCGAGUGGGUGACCAAGCACACUGGUAACGGCAUCGAUUCGUCGAUCGUGAUGGCGAGGCUUCUCUUCUGCCCCAACUGCAACGACGGCGUCGACGGGAAGGGCUACCAUGCACGUAUCGGACAUCUGUCCCGCAUGGUUGACAAGAACACAUCCGACCUCGCGGGGUCGUUCGUCCUCCAGGGUCUCGAUGGUGCUGACAUCAUGCGUUGGGGUAAGCGCAGACCGUCCGACAUCGGUGCGACUCACGAGAGGACUUCCAGCGAGCUUCUCGAGGUCAUGAACAUCCCGAUCAACUCGGAGGCCAGCAGAUCCAUGGCUUCUAGUGCUUCCAACAGGAACAGAAACGCGCUCAACUCCAUCCACGAGCUCACCGCCACGUCGGAGAUUCCUCCUAUCGAAGCACUCCCAUCUGCUGUCACCGCGAAUGUCGGACGGAGCUAA